GUGCACCAAAGAAACAUGUUUCGUUUUCUGUGGAAAAAACAGUGCAAGAUAUAAUUAGAAACAUUAGACUACGUAAUAUUAGGAUGAGAAUAAUCCUGAACCAGGAGUGGGAGCAAUUGGACUGGGAAAUUUGGCACAUGGUGCAGACAGGCAUGGCUGCGCCCUACGGUGGGGGUGUCUUCCCCCCGCCGGUGAACGGCGUAGCGGGUGUCGUGGGGGCGGCAGGGGCUGCCGGUGAGGUGAAACCACCGCCCCCGGUGCCGGUGAAAGAGGACAACAGCGGCGCACCCCAACAGCCACCACCCAGCGGCCCCCAGGUUCCACCGCCGGCUGGUGCCCCACAUCCAACCGCCCCCGGUGCCCCGACCGCGGCCAGCUUCAGCCCGCCCCCGCCUCCAAACGGCGUCGAUCAACAGGCUAUUUCGGAGGUGUUUCAGGCAGCAGCAACACAGGGUACAGACUUGAAAGGUCAACCGAAACGCCUUCACGUCAGCAAUAUACCUUUCCGCUUCCGAGACCCUGAUCUCAGGGCAAUGUUUGGGCAAUUCGGGCCGAUCCUCGACGUGGAAAUCAUAUUUAACGAAAGAGGAAGCAAGGGAUUCGGUUUUGUAACAUUCGCAAAUAGUGCUGACGCGGACCGGGCACGUGAGAGGCUACACGGCACCGUGGUUGAGGGCAGAAAGAUUGAGGUGAACAACGCGACAGCGAGGGUGCAGACGAAAAAACCACCGACGGUACCCAACGUAUGCGUACAAUGGCCAGAGGCCGCGGCGUUGAGAGGAGUCGCCAUCCAAAGGGGACGAGUGGGCGCUGCGAGGGCGGCUUUCCCGACUAGUGCAGCGGCAUUGGCCCUCGCGAGGAACCCGGGGCCACUCGCAGCUGCGGCUGCGGCUACGGCCCUGCAUCCCUUCGCACCUGCCGUUUAUUACGACCCGUUCCUAGCAGCACACGCGGCGACACAGGAUCCCAACUACAGGCUACAGCUGGAAUGGCCUCAAGCAACAGCUGACGCCGCGGCAGCAGCAGCUGCAGCGUCACCAUUGCUGAAGACGCCCCUCUCGACGGCGCAGCAGGCCACCUACGCAGCUGCAGCGACCUACACGGCAGUGGCUGCGCGCGCAUACAGCGCAGCUGCAGCUGCGGCACAACCGGUCGCAGGAUAUGCCGCAGUCGCGGGUUAUGGGCGUGAAUACGCUGAUCCCUAUCUUGGACAUGGUAUUGGACCAGUAGCCGGAUAUGGGGCGACCGUGUACAGGGGCGGUUACAACAGGUUCACGCCAUAUUAAAGAUGGUCAAAUAUCGAAGCGCGAGCCUUCCAAGUACACCGUCGUUGUACUCAGCUGAAUGUGACCAGAACAAACAGAAAUCGACACAAUCAUCAUCGUCAUCCGCCAUCGAUCACGAUCACCCCACGAAGCGAUGCCUGGAUCCUCCGCGCAUGCUGACGCUAACCUUCUUCGUAGCACCGAUACGAGCUCGACUUUGCCUCCCAUCCAUCCGGAAAAAAAGCAAAAUUUUCCCUAAAAGAAACAUCCGGCCACUGUGGACCAAGUUCCAACGAAGUCCAAGUUACCGAGUCGACUCAUCACGAACAACUACCAUUCGCAGAAGCAAAGAAAUUGGAAGAAGGAAAUGGAUGUAUAGGUCGCGCACGGUUUCAGGAUCUUCGAGAGGAAGAGAAGGAAAAUUGGCGAAUUAUUGCGGAUGAGAGUAAUCGAGUAGAUAGACGAUUGAUAGAGAAAAAGGUUAAAGAUAACGAAAAACGAUAAUAGAGUGGUUUGAAUUUAGAUGUAAAGUUCUAGUUACUCCUCGAUUAGGGUUGCGAAACGGUCGACCAGACGACAAAGGUCCAUUCGCCGAAGCGUCGUCGAACUUUCGAACCCUGAUCGAUAAUCGGCGUAGAGAAGAGAGGGAUGGUAGAGACGGGGGAAAUUGGUAAACUGAAUUAGCAGACAAAGAGGAACCGGUUAAAUUGAGUUUCGUUCGAAACAUGCUAAACAUUGGAACAGGUUCGAAUCGAUCGUUUAAAAAAAAAAAAAAAAAGGGAGGGGAGGGGAAAUGGUAAACGGUGAUUCUGGAUCAGAGUUGUAAGAGUUUAUAGUAUGAGAAAUUCUUUCGAAACAUUCUUGAUAAUUGUUUAGUCGAAAUUCACGUGAGGGAACCGUGUGUAAAGGCAUCGCGUCGUUAAAUUUAUCCAUUCGUAUAUACGAGUUCAGACCCGGCAGCCAUUUCGAUUUAUACGAAGUUGAACGACGACGAGAGGAGGGAACGUGUCGAAUAUUGCCGGUGUACGUGUAUAUAUAUUUGUGUAUAUACAUAUAUAUAUAUAUAUAAGUAAAUAGAUAUAGAUAAUUGAUCUCUCUAGAAAUCAAUUGUAAUUAUGCAAUUCGUUGCUCGUGCACGUUUCUAUAAUCGUUGGGGGAGACUUUUAAAACGCGUUUCCGGGCAAGGAUUUUUAUCACGAAAUGAAAAUGGGGGUAAUUUUUAAUCGCAUUACAAUCGUUACUCAUCAUUAUUGUACGAUAAUUUCACGCGAAAUCCGAAAGGAAGAAGGAAGAAGGGAAAUAUUGAACACGCAUAUAUACACACAAGGAAUUUUGUACAUAAUUCAUAAUUGAUUUCGUGGUUGGGGAAGCGGAAUACACGCGACACAACGAUCACAACACAGAGAGAAUUUUGAAUCAAAGAAGCAAAAGCGAUCGAUCGUUGCUUCUCUCAUAUUUUUCUUUUCUUUGUUCCGUUUUUUUCUUUUUUUUCUUUUUUUUUUUUUUCCUUUUCCUUUGUCUUUGCAUAUAUAGAGGAAUCAUUUUUUUUUUUUUUUUUUAAUCAAGUAUCGAGCGAAGGAUUCUCGCGGGAUCUUUUCUAAUUACGAAAAAUCGGGAAACACACCGAUUGUCGGACGCGACGAUAAGACGAAGAAGAAAGGAGGAAUUUCGCGCUAAUGGCUGCCGGAAAGGAACUCUUCGCUUCGUGUCGGCGAGGUGAACGCGACUUCCGGUGACAAACGCCAGUCGACAUUGCUCGGUGAUCAGCGAGGAUACGCGAGACCCUUCUUAGGUAGCUAGCCGAGGGAAAAAUUAAGGAGGAGGAGAGAGAGAGAGAGAGAGAGAAAGAAAGAGAGAGAGAAACGACGAGAGCGACGAAGCAGUUAGUUACGCGUGACCGGUAGGGUUUCUAUGCCAAAUAUAAUGUGUGUGUGUCUAUGUUGCGCUUGUGGGCGCGCGUGUGUGUGCGUAGAUUCGCGGCUAUAGAGACGUAGAAUAGUUAAUAUUCGAUGGAAGGGAGAGAGAACCCUUUG